AUGAAUAUAACAAAACUUGCUGAACGUCUUAAAAAACUUUCAAGAGUUGAAUUACAAAACUUAGUUUAUAGAUGUGGUUUAACAGGAGCUCAACACAACAAAUUAUGUAUGUCACAUCACCUUUCUCGACACUUGAUAGUAACUUAUCUUCAGGAACAACUUGAACAUACAGUGAAAUUGGUUAAAUUGAAACAAACAACAAAAACGGCAGCAGUAUCAAAUUUUCGAACAUUUUCUUCAGCCCUCAUAACAAAUGUGAUGACAAUAGAAUCAACAUUAUUUACAAUUUUAACAAUUUUAAGUGGUAAAGAUCAACAAUUUGAAGUAAAGAGUAGUUUUCCUACAGCAAUCUAUCAAUAUUUAAAUCGAAUGAUUAAGAAAGAAAUCAAUUCCGAAUAUUCAGGUGACGAAAUUGCCAAUUGGUUAUGUGAUUUAGGAAAGAAAUCAGAAAUUAAAGAAUAUCUCCUUGGACAAGAUGGAAAUAAAAGUAAUCGAAAGAAGAAGAAUUUUUCGAAAUUAUUAGCUCAAUACUGGGUAAAGGAUCAUGCCAAUCUUUGUUCAAAGGAAUUAACAAAUUAUUUUAAUAAUUCUAAAAAAAAGGAUGAUCUUGCGGAUUGUUUACUUCAAGGACUUGUAUAUUUAGGAUGUCGAAGAUUUUCUAUUCACGAAGCUAAUAAAUGGAUUAUUGAUAAAAAUAUUUAA